AUGAACUCUUUCUUUGAAGAUGAUACACAAGAAGAAGAAAAACUUCUUCAAGAAAUCAUAAAAGAAAAAAGUGAUGAAAUUCCAUAUAUUAUUAAAGAAAUAGCAUGUUCUGAAUUAAGUUCAAAUGGGAAAAAAAAUAUGGGAGUGGGAAUAAAAACAGCUUUAAAGGAUGAAUGUGCAAUAAAAAAUGAACAAGGGGAUGUAGAAAAUAAUAAAAAAAAUAUAAAUAAUUGUACAGAAUUUAAUAACCCAAACAAAUCAUAUGAUAAUAAUACUAAUUUGGGAAAUGAAAUAAGAUAUAAUAAUGAAUAUAUAUUAAAAGUUAAACUAAAUACAAAUAUUUUCCCAUUUCAUAUAAAAAAAAAUGGAAAAAUAAAUUCAGAUAUAUUUUUUAUACCAUAUAUAAGUGAAGAUAAUAAAGAUGUCAUAACAAAAUAUACAUAUAAUUAUGACUAUUAUGAUAUAUAUCCACAAAAUGUUGAGCUAACUAAUAAAAAUUUUCAUGCAAAUAAAAGAAAAGAUGUCGAUUCAUCAAGUCAUGCCACUUUGGUAAAAUGCAAAAAGGAGCAUCUAGAUAAAGAAGAUGAAAAUGGAAAUAAAAAUGGAAAUAAAAAUGGAAAUGAAAAUGAAAAUGAAAAUGAAAAUGAAAAAAGCAAUUUCCAAAAAUUUUUGGUACAUUUUAGAGGACGAUUGUUUAUUGGAAGUAAUAUAAAUUAUUCUUUUUUUAAUAUCCAAACAUUUUUAGCAACUUUAAGCAAUGAGGAUCAUACAACUAGCGAAACACAAAAUAAUUUAUGCUAUGUUAAUAAAAAAAUAAAAACUUAUAAUAAUAUACCUAAUGCUACUUAUUGGAAGCAAGAUGAAUAUCCCGAUAUAUCUGAUUCAAAUAUCCAAAAACUUCAAAUGUUUUUUAUUUCUCAAUCGAUAGUUAAUUAUGACAAAGAAUCCCAACUUAAGGCACAUGAGGGUGAACUCAUAUUUUAA